AACAAACACAGCCCCGAUUUCACGUUGCGUAAGAGGUCAACAGGACGCAGUCACACAGGCGAGGCGGGAAACUGUUUCUCUUUCUCGUCCACUGAUUGGAAGAACCUUGUGCUAAUGUUCAUAUCCUAACUUCUAUAGGCUAACCUCGACGCCAUGUAUUUACAACAACCAAUAGAAUGAAACAAAAAACGCUGAGCUACGUGUCACUGGUUACAUGAACCAAUAGGAGAACUAGGAUCACGACCGCUAAGGAUUGGUUGAAUUCACCGCUAGGAGACCUGUUUGUUCGAAAACAAAUAGAGUACAGAAAAAUUAUUGGUAUUUUCUACGGGAAACUCUUCACUUGAUUUCCUUUUAUUUUAUUAUCAUAUUUUUUUGCACCAGACACACAAAAUGACGGAAUAUGACCGCCGUUGGACUGGCUCUCUUAGCCAACAGGAAGAGCUAGCCUGCUAGCUUUAAAACCAAUUUCACUACGGACAAAUCGAUAAGAAAUUUGAAGAAAAGCCCGUCAGCAUGUUGAUGGUGGGUGACCAUGGAGGGAUCCAAUAGAAUGAGUGUGAGAGAGCUUUGCGAGACAGAUGAUUUGGCAACGAGUCUGGUGCUGGAUCCCUUACUGGGGUUCAGCACCCACAAGAUGAACAUAAGUCCUCCUCCAGAGAUCCGGCGAUGGGGCUACCUCAGAGAGACCCUGUUGCGUUUCAAACGCACGCAUGACUUCCAGGUUACAUUUGAUGCUCUGUUGGAUGGAGAAUGGGUCAGUGAGUAUUUCACUGGGCGGGGUUCACACCGAAAGGAGCUGUUGAAGCAGCAUAUGUAUCGCUAUAUGAAAGCUUUUCUGUUGGACAGUGGAGUGAAUAUUGAGCCGUGCAACCGCUAUUCCUCAGAGACUAAUGGAGCUAAAAUAACAGUCACUCGACAAUGGAGUGUGGGAGAGCGGGUGGAGGUACUUCAGGGUUGCAUAGCUGAGCUGAGCCCUGAAGAUAGUGCAGUGCUGAGGGCGGGAGUCAACGACUUCAGUGUCAUGUACUCAACACGCAAGAGAUGUGCUCAGCUUUGGUUGGGGCCUGCUGCCUUCAUCAAUCAUGACUGCAGACCGAACUGUAAGUUUGUCCCAGGAGAUAAGAAUGGAGCUUGCGUGAAAGUGGUUCGACCCAUCUCACCGGGGGAAGAGAUUACCUGUUACUAUGGGGACAGCUUUUUUGGGGAGAAUAAUGAAAUGUGUGAAUGUUGCACGUGUGAGAGGAGAGGAGAAGGAUCAUUUAAGAAGAGAGAGAAGUCACCAGACUUGGUUUGCUCCAAUGAUCCACUGGGUCAGAAAUAUGAGUUCAGAGAGACUGAUCUGAGACUUAACAGAAAAAGGGGAAAUGGCACUCCAAAGCCAUUUCUAACUGUAUCUAAUUCCGCCUUGCCAAUGAGGAAUACCUUUUCCCAACGGGCAAAGAGAAACGCCCUUGUUUUGAGCAAGAUGAGAAAGACUGAUAGGCGGAGAAGGGAGGAGCAAUGCAAACAGGUGGAAAAAAGAACACAAAACCUCCCAUCAUCUUUGUCUCACCUUGGACUCAAAGGGCUAAGUGUCUACCUUCAUCAGCACACUGCAGAAUUUCUGUUAAACUGUAAGGAUCCCACGAGCAAAGAAAGGGCCCUACUAUACCUAAUUGAGAAAGAAAGACCAAAACCAGAGAGGAACGCAAGGAACAAUAACCAGGAUGGACAAGAGGAACGAAAGGUUGAAGACUUGUUAAGGAAAGACCCCGUUAUUACGUUUGAACCCUUUACACUUGGAUGUAUUUCUAGUGUCCGGGAAGGAGACGGCAUGACAGCCAAGGAACGUAACGUUGAUGUAUCUGUCAGAAUUGUUCACCAGAAGGCCGCUGCCUCAAGGACCAGGAAUAUGCUUUGUAGUCGUCUGAGGCGCUUCAGAACGCGGAAUCGAUCUGCACACUCCAGGUUCAAUAAACGGAGGACCCGACUGAUCAAGCAAAAUUCCAGACUCGCUUCAAACAGAAAGGAAUGCUCUGGCUUUCAUGCCCGGCAAAAAGAAAGUGAGGCUGAGUUCAAAGACAUCCAUAAUUCUGCUUUAAUCUCUACAAGGAAACCAAGUACUGAUAAAAAUAUACCUAUUGGAGAGGAAGGAAAUAAUGAUAAUAAAACUUCAAAAACAGAGCGCACAGUGAUGCAGCAGAGAUUCUUGACAGAUGGCCACAGGGAGGUGCAUGGCAGCAAGAGACACACAGACAGUUUCAGUGCUUCUAGGGAAGGUGAUGAUAGUUCUUGUGCAGCUUCAGGGACCUCAGGGGACAACAGGAAAAACCAGUCACAAUCUGUCGCUUCUAGUACUGUAAACAUUACACCAUCUCCAUUUGUUCAUAAUCCUGUCUCUCUCCUCUCAGGGUUAAAACGUUACCUCAGAGUCAGUCUGGUCAGGGUACCUAUCCCUGGAGAACCAAAAGUUGAAAGCACAGGUCAGAGGCAUGCAGACAGUGGGAGAGAUGAAAGUACAACACCAGCAGCAGAGUCAGUGCAGGAGAGCGUUAAGUUAGAUGGGAGAAAAGAAACCAGUAAACAAGGUAAGAAAGGGGUAAAGGAGAUGUAUUUCACACCAGUAAAUGUUAAAAGUGCAGAUAAGUUCUUGAAAGUGACAUGUAAUUUACUACCAUAUUCUUCAGAUACCGACACAGAUACUAGUGUAAACACAGUUGAAGUACAACCUGUAGAGAAUGAACAUGCAGAUGUUUGUGCUAAGGCUCAUCACAAUGGGAUUGAAAGUAACCAAGUUAGGGACACCAAUGUUAAUGUCACAGUUCCAGAUAGUGAUAACAAUGUUAAUGUCACAGUUCCAGAUAGUGAUAACAAUGUUAAUGUCACAGUUCCAGAUAGUGAUAACAAUGUUAAUGUCACAGUUCCAGAUAGUGAUAACAAUGUUAAUGUCACAGUUCCAGAUAGGGAUAACAAUGUUAAUGUCACAGUUCCAGAAGAUUCACAAGAUUCUAUGAGGUGUACGUUUAAGAAUUCUUUAAAGAAACGAACAAGAGCAUCCACAGAUAAGAAACAACCAAGUGUUGAGAACAUACCUGUAGUGCAUGAUAAAACAACCACAGCCACCCAGCAGGGAACAGUAAUUGUUGGGAGAGAAGAUUUGAAUAAGAAAGAACUAACGGUGCUUUUUGGGAGCAGGACUGUUGUUUUUAAAGAGGUGAGGGUAGUGCUGUCAGAUAUUAGAAAGGGUUUGAGUGACAAGUUUUGUCAGCUAGAUAAAAAUGUUAAUGAUCACCAGCCUGCACUUGAAAACUCUCAAGACGUUGGUGAAGCUGAUAAUAUGAAGACAUCAUCACUUGCUCACAAGAUGGACAAAGAUGAUCAACUCAAAACAAGAAAUAAGCAUCAUAAUCAGGACCUCACUUCAGCCAAUCAGCCAAAUAUACAUGAAAACACUCAAGCAUCUCAUAUGCCACAGUCAGAAAGCAUGUUGCUUUCGUCCGAGCCUCUCUCCAUUGGCAGGGUUUCUCUGGAUAACAGCCCCCAGAGCAGCAUUCCCCUAAAGAAACGUGCAUUUCGUGAAUCCGUUGAUACAGAGCCGGAUCAGGAUUGUAAUGUAAUAGCAGCAGCACAAUUGUGUACAGAUGCCGACAUCACAGAAGCCACAUUGGACAAUCUGUUACCAAAGCCAAGCGACAACAGCAGUUAUGAGACAACAGAACUGAAAUCUGCAGAAGUAGAAUCGGGUUUAGUUUCUUCCAAAACUUCAUCUAAACAGCUCUGCAAAGGUCUUCAGAGACCUCAGUCUAGACCAGUGCAAGGCAAAGUGACAUCCCCUGCAUCUAAGGAUGACACAAACAAUGUAUCUGUUGGAGAAAGAAAAAUCGGUCAACCUAAGAAUAAAACAUCUAAAAUUAAAGAAGAAAUGGUGGAGUGCCAGAAGAGUGAACGGAAGGAGAAUCGAGCCGAUUCCUUAAGCAACGAGGAAAGAGUAGAAGAGAAAAGAGAACAUAUGAGAACUGAUAAUGGAAAUGAGUCAUCUACCUCAAGUUUUUCUGACAAGAUGGAGGACGAACACAAGCAAAACUUCAGAAUCCGCCUUAAGAGGAAAAGGGGAAAAGAAUGGGAAAUGGAGAGUGCAGAUGAAGCUGGCAGUAGUGUGGAUGGAUUAAGCCCACAGCAAUGUUUUCCUGUAGUUGACCCUUUUAGGGCCAUUUUGGAUUCAGUCUCAAUUUUAAAUGCAGAAAUGGAAAGGAUUCGUGGUCAUGGGGAGGCAGAUAAGGGUGUCGGUUUGCAGAAAGCCACCAAAGCAGUUCAGGACGUCCUUGAGCAUUGCAGAAAGGAAUGCGCCACUAAGCAAAGGACAAGCCAACAAAACCCUACGACGCUUUGCAUCAAGAAGGAAAAUGUUACCCCACUGAAGAAAGUCAUUCAAGAUGUGUAUGAUGUGCAAAGACAACAAAAUGUGUCUGCCCUAAAAGUCGAGGCAGACAUCAAUGACAUUAAACCGUUACCUCCAAUCAAAUUGCGGAGGAGGGCUGAAGGCAAGUGGGAGGUAGAGUGGAAAGAAUCUCAGAAACAAGAUGGGAAUAUGAAAAACGAUUCAGUGCACACACAGCCAAAGAAAUUAACAUCUGUCUCUUCUCAAAAGGCAAUACUUCAGCAGAUACCGAACAGCAGUGUUAAAGAGGAAAUCCUGCCUCCCUGCCAGGAACCGAUGAUGGCACAUAGUUGUGACAAGAGUACAGAGGCCCUCAGAGAUCCGCUUGGUUUUAAGACUUCAACUCUACCAUUAUCCCUUUCACCUCUGUCACUUUACUCACCUUGCUAUGAUGGGCUAACAGAAGUUAGUUAUAUCCGAGAUGGUAUUCAAGCAAAAGAGGAUGGUAAAGAGCAGACGUUGGACAACAUUGACAGAAAUGAUCGAGGUAAAGAAAGCAACGAGGUAUCCUUGAGUCACAACCUCUUUCAGAUUAAUAAAAGUCUGUCGAGACUACAGGCUCUGAGCCAGCCACAGGUAUCUGAGAAAAAUGUGUCUACCAACAUAACCUCUUCUGAGAUUCAGUCUCCUCCCAUCUCUCCCUUUACCACAGACUGCAGCUUCAGUAACUAUUCAGAUGUCGUCCUUGACUUUCCAUGUUUGAAUCUAGAUGGCUACGAUCAAAUCGCAGCACAAAACAGCUUGGCCAACUCUUUAAUAGAUUACUGUCCUGGUGAACCACAUAACACGGGGUCCUUCAACAGCCCCUUCUCUCAAAGUCCCACUGAUGGAUGGAAUCCGGAGACCCCUUACUUGGGAUCGCCAAGCCCAGUGAGUAACUUUAGUAACGGUGACGAUCUUAGCUUCCCAGACCUCGUCUUUGCGCAAUCUGACACGUCCUCAUCUAGCAGUGCUCCUAACCUGCUCUUCAAAGAUAAAUUAUGUAAUGCAGCCAUGAGUUCUAAUCCUCUUCAAGACUUGUACUUGGCUGAUGUUGACUUUUCAAAAGGUCCAGAGGUACACCAGGACGAUUCAGCAACCCAGUUUCUACGCAAGGACUCGAUCAUUUUUAAUAACAUCGCUACAAACGUAAAACAGUCAGUACACCCAACUGCACGUUCACAGGAUAAAAAGUUAAACAUUUUUGAUUGUCUUGUUAGCACAAAGAUCCUAUCGUCCGAAUCAGGCUUUCCUAAAAUGGAUGAUAAAGCUCAUGGAACUCUCAGCAUGCCCAGCUCGAAUAAUAAAUCCCAAUCUGUUUUACUCAGGCAGUCAACACAAAGCCUGUCUGGAGCAGGACCUCAGAGUAACCCUGUCACGCCCUUCCAUUCCCUUCACGUAGGAAAUAAGUCCACCACACAUGCUGACUUCCUAGAGGCGUUCAACUCUGGUAAUUCACUUUUUCGUGACAGGAAACAUCCUUUUUUUCCCAACUCCAAGAAUGUCUUGAAAACAGAGGGAGGUUUGAAUGCUUCUAGAGUUUCUGUGGCUGCAGGCAGCCCCAUAUCCAACGACAGCAUGGAUAACACCUUCACUUAUUCCCCAGGGCCAUCGAGUUCACACGGUGGAAAAGAUUCUUCAUGUCCUAAUGUUGAAUUCUCUAAAUUAACAGAAAAUUGCUCUAAGAACGCCCCAUCGAAACACUACUCUGCCAGUCCCCAUCAGCAAAACGAUCACAUUCACCCUGUUUAUUUUGUUAGCUCCAGCAAAACCACAAACGCUUUCAAGAACAUUGCAGGUGUAAAGCCUCAAAUCCCCAAAAAUGAUCCUUCCUUGCCCUCAUUUUUGUUUUCCUCUUCCCAAAGUUCUCAGUGUUACAACGUACCACAAAGCAAAAUCCCAAAAUUGGGGAAACCCCAUGCUGUUGUGGCUCCCACUCAAAACGUGAAGCUUUCUGGAGGGUCUCAGCCUAAUAAGAAUGGGAUGGGUCAAAAUGUCGCUCACUGUGAUCAUGCUACUGAGUUCAACUUUAGCUCUACCCUGUCACCUCCUUUAUCACAGCACAGCAGUCCUCAACUAGGAUACAAAGAGUCAACCCAUGGGGUCCCAGUGAUUAAAACCACCUUUGAACAUACUCAACCUUCUCACCAGUCUUACGUUGUAAACUUUACUGGAGAUCAUUCUCUUACUCUGGGCUACGGCAAUGAUGGCGAAUGCUUAAAUUACUCUGGAUCGGGACCUGCAAAUUACACUUACCAUUGUCUCAUGGAGCCUUCGGGGACCCAAGGAAGGCUUGUCGUUGAAGCAUGUGGUUCCUCAAACUUCUCACAGUCUCCCUCUGUGGGUAAGAGUGCAGGGUCUAAAGUCAAUGGAGGCCAAAAUGGUAAAGAUGCACAGCAGCAGGGCCAGUCUGGAACUCACCCAUAUAAUUCUCUGCACUUCUCCACCUCCACCUCCCACUCACAAAACACCACCAUAACCGAUCGCAAGCCUAAGAGACUGAGGCUUGUGGUUACUGACGGUACAGUAGAUCUGGACCUACAAUAUACAGAUUGAUAAUGACCAUUUGUUGUUGCAAUGGUAUUUAUUUAACUUUAAUGUGAUACUUUUUUUUUCUUUGUUUUCAUUAUACAUUUUUGGCUUUAUGUAAAAAAAACCGGUUUUGCCAUCAAAAUAAGAUUUUGUUUGAAAAUUUAAGAUAAAUAUUUUAUUAAUAAAUCUGCUGAAUUAUUAUUUGUAUGCUACAUUUAUAAUGUGUUCUAUUUAGUACAUUAUUUUUAAGAAUAUAUUUCCACACAGUGAAUUUUGUAAGUAUUACAAAGGAAACUAAAUCUUGUGAUUAUCCUGUAGUACAUAAGUCUUUCCACAUGAUGGUGAUGUGGUGCGCCACAGUGUGGAAAUUCUCUUUUCCCUCCUAGCGUUUUCAUUUGAAAAGUUAAAUUGUAUUUGUUAAAGAUGUAACCAGAAGUUAAAGCACAUAAGGAAACAUGCUUUAGUAGAUUUGUUUUUUUCUAUGCCCAUUUGUCAAAUGAAAUAAGGGUAUGCAGUGAAUUUUUUUUAAGAGGUAUCAGGUGUCCUAUAUUUGGCUAAAGAUGAUUCAUGUGUGCCAGAACACUGUACUGCUACAAUAAGCUAAUACAAAAAUGCAGUUUUUACUAGUCCUCUAAUGUUAUUUAAAUAGCAAUUAAUCUUCUACAAGCACAUUAGAACACCCAUAAGUUUUGGCAUUUGAUGCAUAUUAGCAUCAAAUCAUUUAUGUCUGUCAGUUUUUUAUGUUUAAUAGGUAUUGCUAUGGUACAUUGGGGCACAAUUGUUUAAUUUAUUAUUUACCACUUGUGAUACUUUAAAAAGAUGUUUAGUGCUUUUUAAAGCCGAUCUGUGAUCAGAUUCUUCUAGCUAGAAUACUGUCAUGUACUGGCGCUCUGUAGGUCACCGUCAUCCAAAGCCAGACAUCACUCGCUGACCCCAUGUAAGCGUUCAUUAAUUUCCACUCAGAUUUAAUGAUUGCAGAUAUGCAAAAUUUUUUGAUGUACUUGUAUUCAGCCUUGCCUUGGUCUAUAAAAAGCCAGUGUAUUGUAUUUAUUUCAAUAUGUUUAUAACAUGGUGCUUUAAUGUAACAUUUUGGUUUUUGAUCAAUCUGAACAGAAUAUAUUUUACUCUGUUUUUAAAAUCUAGAUCUAAAUGUCUAAUGUCUCAAGUCUAGACAUAAUUACAUUCUGGUAUGUCUUGUAUAGCCAUCUUGUUUGUUACUUAGAGAAUUUGAGAUGAAAUUUUAAAUUGUAAUUGUUCUGCUGUACAGUUGUAAAAAUAUGAAAACAUUGCAAGUAAAAUGAUUUUAAAACAAGCUGUUUAUGGUGUUUGGAAGUUUAUGGAUAUUUUAGACAUUUUUUUCUGCGGAAUCUAACUUUGCUUAAUUGCAGCAGUCAUUGAUCAAGACAUGAAUAGCCUGA